AAGCUCUCUUGGCCCUGUUAGUUGCUAAGAUGAGAAAAGACUCACAGAGGUGACUUGCCCAAGAUCACACAGCUAAAAGACCAUUUAAUAAACUUCAGAGCUCCAAAUCAAAGAUGUAAGUGUUGGAUCUUCACAGAGAUCCUGAGCUUCCCAGACUUAAAAGAGAGCAGGCAAAACUCGUAGUUAACUCUGAUACAUUCCAAAACAGUGAAUGGACUAAGUGCAAGAGAAAUACAAAUACAGGAAAAGCCCAAGGAGAGGCACAGGAACAAGGAGCCACCUCAUUCCAGUGUUUCGUCAGUGGGAUCUCAGCCAGCCUUCCAGCUCACUUUUAUAAAGCUGGCCCUGAGCAGCCCAGAGCACCAUGCAGCCCUGCAGUCUGCUUGUUCCACGGCUGCUUCAGAGGAGCUGGCCAAGUGGCCCUGCCGGCUCACCUGCCCGAGAGCCAUGGCAAAGAAUGGACUUGUAAUUUGCAUCCUGGUCAUCUGCUUACUCCUGGACCAGACCACCGGCCACCCAUCCAAAUUAAAAGCCAGGAACCACAGCAAACGCCGUGUGAAAGAAAAAGAUGGAGACCUGAAGUCUCAAGUGGAAAAGCUCUGGAGAGAAGUCAAUGCGCUGAAGGAGAUGCAAGCCCUGCAGACAGUCUGUCUCCGAGGCACAAAAUUUCACAGGAAAUGCUACCUUGCUUCAGAAGACAUCAAGCAUUUCCAUGAAGCUAAUGAAGACUGUAUUUCCAAGGGAGGGAUCCUGGUUGUCCCCAGGAACUCUGACGAAAUCAACGCCCUCCGAGACUAUGGUAAGAAGAGCCUGCCAGGUGUCAAUGACUUUUGGCUGGGCAUCAAUGAUAUGGCCACAGAAGGCAAGUUUCUUGAUGUCAAUGGAAUGGCCAUCUCCUUCCUCAACUGGGACCGUGCACAGCCCAGUGGUGGCAAGAAGGAAAACUGUGUCCUCUUCUCCCAAUCAGCUCAGGGGAAGUGGAGUGAUGAAGUCUGUCGUAGUAGCAAGAGGUACAUAUGCGAGUUUACCAUCCCCUAAAAGGCCCUUCUCCAGUGUGUCUUCCAAGCACAUUCAGUCAUGAUUUAUAGGCUGGUGGUCACCAAAAGAAGUCACAAGUGUGACUAUUGAUUGCAGAACUGUAGCACAAGUGUCAAUGCACAUAGCCAUAUAACAGAAUUGGACAAUUUGUUCCCCUAUUCCAUUGUGAUUUUGCCCUUCAUGGGACACAGUGGAUCAGAAAAUAGAAAUCUAGUCACCAGGUAUGUGCACACUAUAAAAGUGACUUCUGCAAAUUGAGCUAUCAAAUCAUUUCUUCUCUUUCCUUGUCCUGUUCACUCAGAAAGACCCAGUCUGUUUUAAAGGAUACAACACCCUAUACAUUUCUUCAAUCCAGAAAAACAAGUUUAGGCUACCUUUUCACUUGAAAGUCUACUGCAGUCAACAACAGUGAUACAUUCUGAGAAAUGUGUCAUUAGGCAAUUUUUUGUCAUAUUGUAGGUCAAUUUUGUUGCUGUACAAACAUCCUAAUCAAACCUAGCUGGUCUAGGUCAAUCACUCAACAUGCAAACCAGAGACACCAUAAACACGAGCUGUAUGAGGUGUCUGCUGGUGUGACAUGGCAGACUGUAUGACAAUAUAUUUUUAUAAAUAGGAUACACUCUAAGACAGCACUAAAAGGUAUAGUGUAGUGCAUUUGUCAGCUUCCUAUCACUAUAAUAAAAUACCCAACACAGGCUGCAUAUGAAAGAGAGGUCCAUUUAGCUCACAGUUUGGAUGACUUAAAGAUCAAGAUUGGGGUGCCCCAUUGGCUUGUACUCUGGUGAGAGUGACAGAUGGUGGAACAUCAUGGCUACAGCACAUGUAGAAGCAAAUUUCCAACCAGAGCAGAGCUAGGGAGAGAGCAGAAGGAGAGGGGAGGGCGGAGAACCAGAUCCCACAUCCUCUUCAACAGCGAGACUCCAGUGAUCUAAGGACCUCCUCUAUGGCCCCACUUCUUAAAGGUCCACAACACCAACCAAAACCCAUUCUUACUACCCUGGGGAUGUUUGGGGCACAUAAUUAAACCACCUCAAACCAUAGCAUAUACUAAAAACAUAAACCAGCAAUGUCAUCAUUAUCAAGCAUGUUGUACUGUACUGAAUUGUUUUACAUUGUAUACAACUGACAGUACAGUAAGUUUAUACCAGUAUCACCAACAAUACAUGAAUGAUGAGGUUACACACGUAGGAAAUGAGGUGAGGACCACUCCAUCACUAGGCUAUAGAAAUUUUUCAGUACCCUUAUAAUUUUAUGGGACCACCAUAAUAUAUGCAGCCUAUCACUAAAAUGUGGUCAUGCAGUGCAUGACUGUGUAUAUUGGGUUGAUGAGAAUUUCCUAAGUCAGAGAUUCCAGGUGUUAUAUAGCCCCAAAGCUUUUCAGCCAGAUGCUCCAUCUACUCUUUGUUGAUGAUCGACUUUGCCGGCCAAACAUCCUUGAGUCGCUGCCUCCUCUGGUGGGGCUUGGAUCUUGUCUGUCACGUUAGGACAAGAAUGUCUGAAGGGGUUCUGCUUUACUUCUGCUUUGUUCAAACUCCCCCCAUCCAGCUGACUCUGGAAGUUCCCGAAAAGGUCCAAAUAAACAUGACGAGCGAGGAUAUUUGAUCAAUAUCCCUCUCCACAUUAUGUUACAACUUCCAACUUAAAUGAGUAUCUCUAAGGCAGAGAAAGAGCCCAGCUCAUGGGAAAGAAGGAAAUGGGGGAUAAAAGUCUACUUUUCCUUUGCUUUUGCAUCCUUACUGUUUUUCUUGAUACAUGGUAGGUUUAUAUUUUACUUUCUUUAAAUACUUAUGUAUUUUUCAACCACGAUUAUAUAUUUAUAAGUAUAUUGUGGCAACCUAUCUUUGAAGUUGAAUGUUGGAUUUAAAUAAUACUGUUUUAGAGCCAUAUGUCUAUGCCAUGUGUUAUUCUGCCAAAUGCUGUUUCGAUUAAAUUGCUUAAUGAGAUUGUAUAAAAUAACUUCAUUGCUCAAGAUGGAAUUUCAAACGUUAGGCUUGAGGGAAAUGGGCUUUUCAGAAGCAAACAAUUCUAAAUCUAUCUUGCCCUUCAAAUAAAAAUCUUUUUUCUUUCAA